CUCCCUGUGCAUUUUCGUAGGCAUAUUUGUGUUAAAUCGCAAAGCUGGCUUCCAACGUUAGUACCAGCCGCUCUCUGUCUUCAUCAAACACAUAUUUGUUAUUGGUGCCUACUGUCGCAUCAUCAAAUAUUGAGCAGAGCAAGCGACAGGUAGUCGGGAAUCUUGUGUCACCUAAUGACAAAAACAGUCAUCAUUUUUUUGGCUUGUUAGACGAAGAAGAAGAGGAUAAACAGAAUAUUUUGAAGCGCAAAGUUCCAACAAUUAUUGAAGGUUCUCGACCAUCUAAUCCAAGGCAACCUACAGGUUCUCACGGAAUUUCACGAGCGAAAGCAAAUUCAAAUCAGUCAGCAGGUCUUUCUCAGUGUCCAAGUAAAAGCAUAAACACUAAUCAUAACGAAUCAACCAGACCAGCAGUGAGACAAAAAUCAGCUUCAACAGAAAGCUUAUCAAUGCUGGCUGAAAAUUUAUCACAGCUUGUGUCCAAUGCAGAAGUUGCCUACACAGCGAAUAUUAAUAAAGCACAGAACUCUCAUCGAAACAUACCCAUAGCUCCACAGUUACCACAACGACAUCAUAGUGAAAACAGUAAAUCUAGUCCUGAUCUAGCUAACUGGGUCAAGAUGGAUGAACAAGCACUGGUGAAAGAUUUUGAUGCAAAUUUGUCUGGAUUAGGACUGGAAUUAGGAGCGGGUGCCUAUAACAUGAGUGAGGUGUUGAACCUUCCUAUUUUCAAACAAGAAGAUAGCAUAGUUGCAAAUACUGGUACACAAAAUUUGCCACCGUUGCAGUAUAUGCUGCAAGCACCUACUUCACCUGCUUCAAAGGUACACGAGGAGACUUUGACUUAUUUAAACCAGGGCCAAGCUUAUGAAGUUAGACUGAAAAGGUUGAGCGAUCUGCCCAAUGUGCUCUCAAGCAAACUGGCUAAAAGUUUCUUAAGGGUGGUUUUUCAUGACAGACGAUUACAAUACACAGAACAUCAGCAACUUGAAGGUUGGAAGUUCAGUCGGCCCGGUGACAGACUUUUAAACAUUGAUAUACCAAUGUCUGUUGGAAUUAUGCAGCCAAGACAGCCUUCCAACUUGCUAAACCUUGUGGAAUUUGUGUGGGAUUUAGACAAACAAGCAUCAGUGUAUGUCCAAGUGCAUUGUAUUAGUACAGAAUUUACACCUAAAAAACAUGGUGGUGAAAGAGGGGUUCCUUUUCGAAUACAGGUAGACACAUACAGUCUAGAUGGAAAUGGUGAAAUGGGUGAACACAUUCAUUCCGCAAGUUGUCAAAUUAAAGUUUUCAAACCAAAAGGCGCAGAUCGGAAACAGAAGACUGAUAAAGAUAAGAUGGAGAAACGCACUGCCCAAGAGAAAUUGAAAUACCAGCCGUCAUAUGAAUCUACUCUCCUCACUGAAUGCUCACCCACACCUAUGAGUCUGUAUGAAGAUGCUUUGAGUGUGUUAGAUGCGGAGCAGCGUAAUGAACGGCAGCCAUAUAGUGAAUCACCAAUCGACGCUGCUGUUGAGGUCGACUUAUCCGCAGGUGGAAGUUAUUUAAUGGAGGAGGCUUCACCCGAUGGAACUAAUGGUGGGCGCUCAUCUCUUCCUGGCAGUUAUAGUCGGAGCUAUAUGGAAGCUGUUAGAACUGUAACCCAACAACAAGUCCCAUGUCCACCAGUUAAAGGCCCAGAUGUAUUACAGCCAUAUGCAACCACUGCACAAACCAUACAAUGGUUGCAACGCAACAGAUUUUCCACUUUCGCAAAAACAUUUAACAGCUUUUCAGGGGCUGAUAUGUUGUCACUAACCAGGGAAGAUUUAAUACAAAUUUGCGGUUCAGCGGAGGGUAUACGACUAUACAAUUCACUGCGAGUUAAAAAAGUUCAAGCAAGGCUAACUUUGUAUAUGACACCUGCAACGCCAGAGAGUGAUGGAGAAAUUAAGGUUUACAGGGCAUUUUAUCUUGAACAACUAACUGCUUCUGAGUUAAUUAAGGAAGCGGCAUCGCUUUUCGAGCAGCAAAAUGGUGGUGGAAGGCCACAUAUUACCAGGGCCUUAUAUCAGCCAACGAAAUCCAACGUACAUGUACUUGUCACUGAUGAGCUGGUUGGAACAUUGCGAGAUGAGCAAUGCUUUACAGUACUUGUAAUAAAAAAUGAGGGAAGCGAUGGAUUUCAAAUUAUAUUGAAACAAUAAAUAGCCAUGUAAAAUGGUUUGGUGGCUUGCCCUCAUGGAACAAGGAUAUGUAUUGUGUUGGGGGUUCAGAAAUGUGAUUUGAUAGGCUGUUUAAAUAUAAAUGUUGCUAAAUCCAAAUUAUGAACUCAAAGAAAUGCGGCAAUAUUUGAAACUCUAGGUUUUUUGUUUUCAUUGAAUUUUAAAAAUUAUGUACUAAAAGUAACACAUGGAAAAAAGUCUGCAAACUUAUUUUCUACAUGUUAAAGGAAAUUAUCUGCCACAUUGGUAUAUUUGUGCUGAUUUGACAAAGUAAUUGUUCGCGCUGUUAAGGUAUGAUUUCCAAUUCCAAAGUUUGGUUUUUUUUUGAAUUUGCUGUACCAUGUAAAAUACGGUGGUUGUUUUUUAUUAAUUACUGCAUUUUGCAAUGACUUUUUCUUACAAAUUGCAAUCAGUAAUGUCGGCAUCUGCUCCAUAUUGCACUCUUUAUAUCGCUUAUCUGUAUGUUUUUUGCAUUCCUCAUGAAGUCAGUCAUGCCCAUAUAUAUAUGUAAUUAAUUAGUAUAUUUGUUCUUGUCUAAUUGAGAGGCGCCAGAGCUCAAAUGAUGUUUUAACGAAAGUCAUUAAAAUCUUUUCAUGAAUCA